AUGGCCUCCGGUGGCCUGAAGCCCAAGUUGGCCUACAUCAUCCUGUACGUGAGGGACGUGGAGAAGGCCGCAUCCUUCUACGACGCCGCCUUCGGCUACACCGUCCGCCGCCUCGACCAGUCCCGCAAGUGGGCGGAGCUGGAGAGCGGGGCGACGACCAUCGCGUUCACGCCGCUGCGCCAGCGGGAGACGGACGCGCGCUCGGGGGAGGUGCAGCUGCCGAACUCGUCGGCCGCCGAGCGGGGCUCCCUGGAGGUCUGCUUCGACUACGAGGACGUCGACGCGGCGUACAGGCGCGCCGUCGAGAACGGGGCGGUGGCCGUGAGCGCGCCGGAGGACAAGCCCUGGGGCCAGAAGUCCGGGUUCGUGCGGGACAUGGACGGCAACGUCGUGCGCAUCGCGAGCUACGUGCGAGAGUAA